CAAAUUGUAUGUUGAUUGCGUAGACAGAGAAGGUUGAUUGCAUAGUAAUUAUAUAGUAAUUGUAUAUUUAAAAGCUCUUGUAAGUUAUAUUCUGGCCAGUGGAGGAUAGUGACUGAUUUAUUGUCGGUAUUGGUGAAAUGUUAAAAAAAGAAUUAACUUACUCAUUGUAUAAUAAUGUGUGCGAAGAAUACCAAUGAAUAUUGUAACUUACCAUUUUAUUCCGAAUUGCUAUCUCAGGGAGAUUUCUAUACACAUAACGCAAUUAGGAAUUUAUUGGUAAAAUGUGAAGAGCACAAGGAAACAGUUCUAAAUUGUCGCACCAUUGGUAUAUUAGAAAGCUUAAAUGGACGAUUUUAUCUACAGGAUUUAGAUUGCAAAGGUGAUGAAUCAAAAAUACGAGUUUCCAUGGUUUAUGUGACAAGUCCAGUGCCUUCUACAGUCAUUCCUUAUGUGGUGCAGAUCUUUGGUGUAUUGCAGUGGACUAGUAAACCAGUCUUAUUUGCUAAAAUAAUACAGAUGCUGGAUACGGCUACAGGAAUAAGACUGAAUGAGGCUUUGAAAAUUACAACAAGCUCACAUUUAGCUCAUCAGCUGGACAACAGAUCAUAAUUUUUUUUUUGCUUUAUUCUUUCAAAAGGAAAAGGUAUAUAACCAUACAGCCGUGUCUUCAGUAGACAUAAUAUAUCUAUCAAUCUCUAAUAAUUGGUCAGUGAAAAAAGGCGCGUCCUGAAAAUCCCAUAUAUUUUCGAUUCCAAACAACCACACUCGACAAUUUCACACAUCAAAUCCCGGUUUCCCUUGUUAUUAUUGAUGCCUCCGCCCUCCAUAGCUUCUGGGAACACCAAAGACAUCCUCUGCAUCUAAAGACUAUGGACUUCUGCACUCUUUUCUCUUCUUUGGUUAUAAAUGUCUAUUACAAAUAGACAAUUAAAAACCAAAACUUCAUGAAAUCCGAAAAACGCGCACUCCCGCCACCAUAAACCAGACAGAUGUUGAAAUACCAUAAAGCAUUGAAUGCUUUCAGGUGGAGUAAAGUAUUGAUAAAUUAAAACCCGAUAUAACAUUAGCCUAAGAUAUAAUAACCUUUAAGCAAUAGAGGAUACAAACUCCAGGUUGUAUUAUUGGAGAGCAAUUUGUUUUGAUCAGAAUGGAUAUGUGUUAUUAAAGAGUAAAAUAUGUUUAUUUUUUUAAAUUUUAAACUCAGACAGGUCUUUUUCACUCUUGAUAUGAAAUCAAAGCUAUUGUUAACGCAUAUAAAUGUCUAUAAUUUGAUUACAACAAUGUACAAUUAAUAAAAAAGCAUGGUUUCUGCAAAGAAUACAUAUUUAUUACAUCUUAAAUAAAUACAAUUAUCAACAAGACAUUAACAUUUACAACAUUCCGUCACCAUCCUCACACUAUUUUAAUAUUAAAAAAAAAGAUUGGCAUUAAAUUGCAUAUCAAAAAUCUUA